AUGGAAAUUCCCACUGAAGAUCGAUCGACAAUGUUGCCUAUCGAGCCUGAUAGCAACACGGUUGAAGAUGAGUCGAGAUAUGACCUGGACUCGGAUACCGAGUCCCUCGACUCAUUGACCUCGAGUGUUCUCGCAUACGAGUACAAGAACGGCCGUCGCUACGCGACAUAUGGCUCGAAUCAAUAUGUCCUGCCCAAUGAUGACCUGGAAUCCGACCGAAACAAUUUAUUGCAGCAUAUCUAUGGACUCCUGUUUGAAGGGCGGCUGGUCUUCUCCCCUAUUAAGAACCCAAGACGCAUCUUGGACAUUGGCACAGGAACUGGCACCUGGGCAGUGGAUGUCGCAAUGUUGUAUCCGAAUUCGCGCGUCACUGGGACCGAUAUAUCAGCGAUUCAGCCUUCAUGGGUUCCAUCAAACCUCACAUUCGAGAUCGAUGACGCAGAGCUUGACUGGAAUUUCAGCCACUUAUUUGACUUGAUCCAUCUUCAAAAUCUAAAUGCGGUCAUUCAAGACUGGCCACGUCUAUUCCGCCAGGCAUAUGACAAUCUAAAGCCAGGGGGCUACUUCGAAGUAAAGGAAGCCGACGGCACCGCGAUCAGCGACGACAACAGCAUUCCUGAGGAUUGCAAGUUGCGGAUUUGGGAAAGGGAGUGUAUGAAAGCCUGUAACAUGAUUGGCCAGUCCCCAACGGCACCGGAAAACGUGAAGCGAUGGAUGGAAGAAGCCGGGUUCGUUGAUGUGGAGGAACGGAUAUUUCGACUUCCUAUGAACACGUGGCCCAAAGAUCCAGCUCUUAAAGAGGCCGGCCGAUUUCAGUGUCUCCAAUACUUGGAGGCCGUGUCGCCCUAUGCUCUUGGAUUGCUGGUUGAGGUGCUUGGGUGGACCAGAGAGGAGAUGGAAGUCUUUCUCGUCGGCGUGAGAGACAAUAUCAAAGACCGGAGUAUCCACGCCUACUUUAAUAUCCGAGUUGUAACUGGUCGUCGACCAUGA